ACGCUCUUUCGACAGCUCCCUAAUAUCCUCAGAAUGAUCACCAAAUACAUCCGCCAAGUCCACGCUGUUAUCCAGCCCUUCUCCCCUACAUCCAAGUCUGUCAGGAUUUUCGUCUCCCAGAUCAAGCCAACCCUCGACAACCCCAUCAAACUCACCACUAAAAUCCUUCCUUCCACCUCCAUCGAAAAGCCCACGUUGGCCGUCACCUACAGUGAUGGAAAGAAGGUCGAGUUCGAGACGCAUGACAAGCCGAUCGAUGAUUUGAUCGUCUUGGUUGACAGACAUUCUCGUGCCAUCAAGGCGGCUGAGGUGUAGGUGUUGGGUGUACGUGAGUUAUGUUUUGUUGUUGGGCAUCUUGCAAUUGGGUUUACAAAAACGGCGUUUAUUUGUUUUUCUACAUGGUACAUU